AUGUUGGAGGACCUCCAGAUGCCUAGAAAGAGCCCCUUUGCACUGGUGGCUUCCAUGUCUUUGGGGUGCAACAAUGUCAAAAUAUCUGCAAACCUCAGCUAUGUGGUUUGUGACAACAUGCAGAAUCUGAGCCUGGUAAACCGGACUUUUAUUGUCCAGGCCUUAGAGUUUUCUCUGAGAAAAAGGGCGAACGUUUCGCUCAAUGUCGCCAGAGUCCUGGUCAGCCAAGUGGAUGCGGAAGAGCUAGAGGCGGCGCUGGAGGAAUUCAAUACGAAGAUUGUGAACUCUUCCCUGAUCUCUCACAACUGGAAAGAGGUCAUACUGAGAGCGUUGUGGGAUGAGAGGCUAAGAAAUGAGGACCGUUUCAACGAAACAGAGUUUGUAACCGCCUGGUUCCAGAGGAGACUUCGACUUUUCAUCUCGGCCAUUUCCACAGAUAUGCUCCAGUGUCUUCACAAUGAAACCAUGCAAUGCGAUCAGUACCAGGCAAUUGUUAAAGGUCUAGAUGCAGAGUUUACGAAGAUGAGUCUCUCUGUUCAGACGGACAUUUUGCACUCUUUCCAGAUUCCCUACUUGAAAGGAUUGGAUUCGGAUGACUCCUCUCUCCGAUGCUACUCCUCAAACGCCAGCUUUUCCGCUUUCUUGGAAGAGAGCCUUCAGAGCUUUGGGGACCUUCUGACUUUGAGAGACCUGGAAACCUUAGUCCCCACAUCUAAGCUCCACAAGUUUAAAUGCUAA